GCCCUUGCUGUGUGCCCAUGUGCACCCACUCCCGGCUAUGCACACCAGUCUGUACUCCCCCAAGAUGUGUCCAUGCCAGGGGCUCGCGGCUGCAAAGAAGAACAGGAAGCUUCCCUGGAGGGUGCGAGGAAGAGGAGGAUGAAGGGACCAAGCGCGCAGCCCUUGGGCCCCUUGUCCGCCCUCCAUCUGUCCUCACCAUGGAUGCCGGUCUGGUGUGCCAUGGCUCAGCGUUCGGCUCGCUCGUGCCGCCGGAGCGCUCCGCUUGGUCCUGGCCCGGCUCGAAUCGGCUCGCCUGGACCCAGAGCUCUGGAGGAUGUGGCGGCAGCGCCGAGCUUCGCGCAGCUUCCCGGGCGGUGCCGCAGGACCCGGACCCGCCCCCAGCACGCUCCGCCCCCGGAGGGCGAGGCCGGCAGAGGCGGGCACUAGUGGCGCGCGUGCGCAGAGCGGGCACCGGGUUCCGGAUGGCCGAUUCCACGCAAUUACCACCUAGAAGGCACGGAGGGGGCCUGCGGGCGCCCGAGGCACCGGUGGAAGCCUACCGGUCAUCAGGUGUACGGAGUAUGUGGCGGCUGGAGCCUUACGCUGAGAAAGGGGCCGUAGGAGGACGUGAAUUUUGGAUGGAAUACGGUUCCUCUUGUCACUAACACUCCACGGAGAAACUUGUGCUGUCAGACAAGCCAUUUGGGAGCGGGCCGCUGAGGAUGAAGAGCAGAGUGAACAGAACUCUGGAGCACUCUGCACGUUCUUAGUCAAUGUGUCGUCUCACACCUCCAAGGACAUACUGUCCGCAUCCUCCCCUUGCGUUAGAAGGUGGCUGGCAGCAAGAAGCUGUCUAGCAGCGCCAGUCUGAGGCUCUGUGUGGCACUCGCCCAGCACCCACUGUAGAUAACUCCACGGCUCCCCUCAGAGGUUCGAGUCCCUCAGGUGUGGGUGAGCCUUCGCGCCUGCUCAGUGCUGCUCUGACGCAGGAGGCGGCUUCACCUCGCUAGAGAGGCCUCAGUUUUCCUGUCUGUAAAGUGGGGUGGGUGACUGCGUUCCUUC